AUGUCAGGCACCAUCAAGAUUCAGCCAAGUUUGGAACACUUGGAACAGUUAGUCGAGGAAAAUAAUGGAUCUUCCGUUAAUAUGUAUCCAAUUUAUGCAUUCUUACCAUCUCUGUAUUUAACUCCGCAUGUCGCUUAUUUGAAGCUAGCUGACCUGAACAAUCCUGAUAGAUCAGAAUCUUUCCUUUUGGAAAGUGCCAAGACGAACAAUAAUCAACUAGAUCGUUAUUCUUUCAUCGGUAUCAAACCAAGAAAGAUUAUAAAGACCGGUCCAACUGAAAAUUUGGAGGUCGAUCCACUUAUCAUACUGGAAGAGGAACUAAAGGACAAAAAACUGGCUGAAAAUAUUCCUGGUUUACCUAAUUUAAGUGGUGGAGCCGUAGGUUACAUCUCAUAUGAUUGUGUCAGAUAUUUCGAACCAAAGACUAAGAGACCGUUAAAAGAUGUUUUAGAAGUUCCAGAAGCAUAUUUAAUGAUAUGUGACACCAUUAUCGCCUUCGAUAACGUCUAUCAAAGAUUCCAAAUCAUCCAUAACAUCAACUUGAAUGAAAUUGAAUCGCUCGAGAAAGGUUACGAACAAGCUUCCGAAAUUAUCAGUAAAAUCAUCGAAAAAUUAACAGAUGAGUCGGAACCAGUUCCAUAUCCUGCUCAACCUCCUAUCAAAUUAAAUCAAUCUUUCAAAUCUAAUAUCGGUCAAGAAGGCUAUGAAAACCAUGUAAAGACUCUAAAGCAACAUAUCAAGAAAGGAAACAUCAUUCAAGCAGUCCCUUCACAAAGGGUCGAAAGGCCAACCUCUUUACAUCCAUUCAAUAUCUACCGUCAUCUACGUACAGUCAAUCCAUCCCCUUAUUUAUUCUACAUUGACUGUCUUGAUUUCCAAAUCAUUGGUGCCUCUCCAGAACUUUUAUGUAAGUCAGACAAUAAAAAUAAACUUAUUACACAUCCAAUUGCUGGUACUAUAAACAGAGGUAAAACCACAGAAGAAGAUAACAAACUGGCUGACGAGUUAGUGGGUUCUUUAAAAGAUCGUGCGGAACAUGUCAUGUUGGUCGAUUUGGCAAGAAAUGAUAUUAAUAGAGUAUGUGACCCAUUAACUACAAAUGUCGACAAACUUCUAACUGUAGAAAAAUUCUCUCACGUUCAACAUUUGGUCUCUCAAGUUAGUGGUACUUUAAGACCAGAUCAAAACAGAUUUGAUGCCUUAAGAUCUAUUUUCCCUGCAGGUACCGUAAGUGGUGCUCCUAAAGUUAAAGCAAUGGAAUUAAUUGCUGAAUUAGAAGGGGAAAGACGUGGUGUCUACGCUGGUGCCGUUGGUAACUGGUCAUAUGAUGGCAAAACAAUGAACACAUGCAUCGCUCUUAGAACAAUGGUUUACAAGAAUGGUAGUGCUUUCUUACAGGCAGGUGGUGGUAUUGUUUUUGAUUCUGACGAAUAUGAUGAAUAUAUUGAAACCAUGAACAAAAUGAUGGCUAAUCACAAUACCAUUGUUGAAGCUGAAGAAAUCUGGGCUUCGAAAGUCGGUUCUGUUUAA